CUCAGGGGGAGCGCGCAGCGUUGAGUCAAAGCCGUUUGGAGCCUGCAUGAAAUAUUAGCGGCAAUUGUGCUUACUCAUAAGUAGUAGCCUUUUAUCUCCUCCUCCCCUUUUUUGUUCCUUUUUCUUUUUCCAAUGCCGUGUCAUUUGUGUUCCAACAGGGGUGUGACUUCAGAUUCUGCUCUCCUCCCUGUUUAGGUCCCUCAUUACUUCAGGCGCGCUUCAUAUUGGAAUAGAAGUGGUAGCAAAACUUAAGACGCCGGCUUUCUGGACAGAUUUGUGUGAGCUGCGAGAGGAAACUCCUUCGUCCUUGGGUACAAGAUCUGGAAGCGGGAGCAAUGGCCAAGUUCUGGUUGUGUGCAGCCGUUGGAUUUUACGUCUUGCUGCCGCUUUGUGCAGCCCGAAUGGAUUUGAAUAUAAGUUGUAGAUAUGCAGGUGUUUUCCAUGUAGAGAAGAAUCAACGCUACAGUCUUACGAGAGAAGAGGCUGUUCAGCUUUGCGAAGCACUUAAUAGUACCAUCCCAACAUUUGAACAAAUGCAAGAAGCCUUUACCCUCGGUUUUGAAACUUGCAGAUAUGGUUAUAUAGAAGACAAAAUCGUACUUCCCCGGCAUACUCCUUAUUAUCUCUGUGCAGCAAACAACACAGGAAUUUAUGUACUUUCCUCAAAUAUUUCUGACCGAUACGAUACAUAUUGCUUCAAUUCAUCAGAAUCAAGAGAUGUUGCUUGCGAGCCAGUGAAAAAGUUAUAUUCUGCUUUGCCUAAUAAUAACAGCAGUAUUGAAAUUUUCAAUGCUGAUGGAUCACGGUAUUUUGAAGGAAAGAAGGUUACAGAAAGCCCACCAGUUACUGAAGAUGACAGCAGUGUGGGCAGUGGUUCUGCAAUUGGCAGAGGAACUGUAGAUCAUAGUGACUUCACACCAGAGGAGGAUACCACAACAUUUACACCAGCAUAUGAAAGAGAAGACCACCAUUAUCUGCAUCCAGGAAAUCCUGAAGAUCAAAAUCCCCAGGAUCCUACUGAAGAAAAUUCAAAUCAUGGAAAGCAUCAUGGAAAUUCUAGUCAAGAUCAGCAAAUCACUGAAGAUUUUCCAUUAUGGUGGCCACCUGAAGAACAUCAAGGAAUGCAGAAUGCAACCUCCAGUGAGGAUCCUAGUUUUGAAGAUGAUGAUGAUGAUGGUGGUGGUGAUGAAGAAGAAGGGUCUGGGCAAAAAAAUCCUGAAACAGUUCUUGAGUGGGACAACAGUGGUGAUAAGGAACUUCAGACGUCAAAUACCACUGUGAACUCCAGCAAAGAUAUCAAACAAGAAGAAUCAGCCCACAAUAUAUUGCUACCUGCUGUACAUUCUGGAAAGGAAAGUGAAGUCAGUUACUCAACAAAUGACACAAGUGCGGAUGUCCUACCUGGAAUUGUUGAACAAUAUUCAACCACUACCGCUGUGUCCUCCAGUGAUGAUUUCUUCAAGCAGGAAGACUCAAAGCAGCCUCAACUGGAAGGUGCAUCUUCUGAACUGGUAAUUGAAGAAACAGUAUCCCCCGCAAUCAAUACUUCAGAUGUGUUACAUCCAGUAUUUCUCCCUUCUGAAGAAAAAGAAAAUAUCCUGGAAAAAGAAUCUUUUCAUCACCCAGUUACAUUCUUCAAUGGAAGUAUUGAACAUGAAGAAGAACAUCAACAUCAGCCAUCAGCUGUUGAUACAGUUGCACAAAGGAAUCAAAGUUCUGUUGCAAACAGGACAAUCCUACAAAUCCUGCGUGAUGUCCUAAAAGUACUUGUAACUUCAAGGGACAGCUAUUAUGAAAAUGCAUCUUCUCAGUCAGCAGUAGUUUCCAGUGUUAGCACUGACUCUGAAGUUCCGACUCGUGAUUCAUUAUUACACUUAAAGAAUAGUGAAGAAAGAUAUCACACAAACACAUCUAGAGAGCAAUUGCUGCCUGGAAUUCUUCAUCCAACUGCAACAACUGUAGUCUCCAAGGAGAAAGGCAAAGGCAACGAAACCACACAAAAUCCAUUUUAUGACAUCCAUCCAGGACUGGACAAUAAAAAGGAUCUCACUGAGAACAAAACUAGGGAUGAUGUUCAAUCUGAAAUUAUUCAGAUUGAGAGAAAGCCUGAAUUGGAAACAACUCAGACAGCUAUGAUUUCCACUGAACCUGAUGAUUAUAAGGAUUCUACCCAAGAUCCAUUGAUUAAGGAAGAUCCUGAUUUGAAAGAAAAACUUCACCCUACAAAUUCAUCAAUAAAUGAUUUCAUACCUGGAAUUAAUAAUCUCCCAGACAAUGUGCAAGAGAACAAAACAUCGCAUACAGUUGCCAUACUCAAGGAUCUUGAAGAUUCAGCUCAAUCACCAUUGCCUCCUAUUUACCAGCCAGACUGGAUCAGUGAAGAAAAACCUACUAAUACUUCCAGUAAUGACAUGGAAAUCAGUAAACAUCAUGAAAAUGAACGUGAUUCUUAUGAAGAUAUGGGCUUUUAUGGGACCAAAGAAGAUCCAACCUCAGAACCAGUGAGGCAAUGGGUUAGUGAAGACAAGUAUACUGCAAAACCCACAAUGGAUGUGUUAUAUCCCGGAAUUGUUCCUCGAAGAGGAAUAAAUGAAAAAAAUAAAACUGAUCAUACAGUUGUGGCCUCCAGUGAUGGAGACAAAAAUGAAAAAUCAGAUCUUGGUCCAAAGUGGCAUCCUACAUGGACCAGUGAUGAUGAAAAUGUUAUAAAUAACAGUCAAGAUCCUAUAAACAGACAUCCACCUUCCACAGACAGUCCUGAUCCAAACAAACACAGUGUAGUGAGAGACAAAAAUGUGACACCUUUGCCGGAAGAGUCAGGAAACAAUCAACCCCGAAUGGCUCAUAUACCAGAUUGGCUUAUUGUAGUUGCUUCUCUUUUGGCCCUGGCAUUGAUUCUUGGUGUUUGCAUUGCUGUAAACAGUCGAAGGAGAUGUGGGCAGAAGAAGAAGCUUGUGAUUAACAAUGGCAAAGGAGGCAUAGAUGAGAAAAAGAAAGAUGGAUUAAAUGGAGAAGCCAGCAAAUCUCAGGAAAUGGUGCAUUUGGUACAAAAAGAGAAAUCAGAAGACCAAAAGGGCCCACAUGAUGAAUUCCAGGCAAUUGAUGAAACACAGAACCAACAGUAUGGGCCCUUGAAGAGUGACAUGUAGGAAGGCUGGCCAAUCAAAUUGAAUCAGAGUUGUGGGAAACAAAAAGCAUCAUACUGAACUGGGACUAGAACUCAGAAAUGCAAUGAGCUACUGAUCUCUUUAAAGCAUAAUUAAGCAUACAUUUUCUUGGUUUUUUUUUCUUUUGUAAUGGUCAGCUACAAAAAUAAUAUGUCAUUUUUGGUUUUGCCCAACAUUGCAUCACUUUGCCCAGUUUUAAAUUAGUGAUCAUCAUCUUAUUGCUAGCAUUUGUUCCCUAAUUGCAGUCUGUUUGUUAAGGCAAAACACCAAAAUUUAUUUUGCCUGACCUACAGAAUUUUUGGACUUUCCAGAAUCUGCAGCCAUUAAAGCAUUAUAGUAAAAUGUAUUCCCACGGAAUUCACAUUGAUAGGCUAUCUUGAGGUUUGACACAUAGAUUUUGGAAUUCAAUUUUUAUUGGUCAGUUACAAAAUUGUCAGAUUUAUUAAAUCUCAUUAAUGUUUCAAUAUUUUGGAAUUACAUGUUGUAAUAGUUAAAUAUGAAAAGCAUGUUUUUACACAUUCCACAGAUCUUCACCAUUGUUAAAAUCACA